AUGUCUAUAAUUGGAUUAGAAGGAAUACCUGUAUAUACAUAUUUUUUAAUUAACGGACAACGUUGGCCUUUUGGAGCUUUUCUUUGUGAUUUAUGGCUUUCUGUAGAUUAUGCUUGUUGUUUAGCCUCAAUUUAUACUGUUUUGGGUAUUACUGCUGAUAGAUAUCUUUCUGUAAAAUACCCUGCUGCUUAUCGUAAUUGGAGAACUAAAGGUCGAGUACUUUUAAUUAUUGCUGCUAUUUGGGUAUUGCCUUCAGUGCUUUUUUCAAUAUCAAUUUUUGGCUAUGGAUGGUUUUCGGGUAAAGGACGUAUUUUAAGGGAAGACGAAUGUUAUGUACAAUUUAUGACUAAUCCUUACUUGAAUGCUGGAAUGUAUCUUUCAUAUUAUUGGUCAACAUUGAUACUAAUGCUCUAUCUUUAUUAUGGUAUUUACUCUGCUGCAAAACAAUUAGCAUCUAAAUCAGAUCAAAAACAAAAAAGAUUGGCUAUUUUGGCUGAAAUGAGGGGAGGAGAGGGUGGGGGACAAGAAGUAGCUAUUAGGCCUGAUUCUAGAGAUGAACAGUCACUUGGCCCUGGGCUUUCUGAAGCUCUUGGAACUUUGGAUUCUUCUGAAACCAAACCAUUUAGAAGAGCAUCAACUCGUUUAUUAAACGCAAUACAAAAUGGCCGACUUUUAUCACUUAGGACAAAAAAUGGCGUCAAUUCUUCAACAAGUGAUGGUGCUAGUUCUAAAGCUGACAGCCUUAAUACAAAAGAAAAAUGCCCCAAAAAGCUAUCAAUUAAUGCUAAUAAUAAAGAACAAAAUAUUAUUGAACCUAAUAAAUCAACUUCUCUAACUUUACUUGGUCCAAACAACGAAACAUCUAAUAGUUUAGAACAACAACAAUCACAAUCCUUAUCCCCGCAUAAAGAAGAAGGAAUUUUGGAAAAAAGAGAAAAUUCAAGUGAGGGAGGUGAUGGGGCAUUUUCGCCUGAUUUUGGGGAUCGAGUGCCUUUUAUUGACGAAUCAGCACAGUCAUCUGCUUUGUCUACACCUAAAGACCUUAGAGAGGAGGAAGAAAAAGAAAAUAAAAUGCCAACUAAAGUUGGCCCAAAUUCUUUCCGGUCACACUCUGUGCCGUCUCCCAAUCAACAUAAAGAAGAAACAUUUAUUCCAAUAGAUUUCAAUAAUGGAUUAAAUGGGGGGUGUAAUAACCAAACAAAUGUUGAUAAUUUAAUGAAGGUAAGCGGCACUUUUCCGUUAUGGGGCCGCACAUCAUGA